AUGCAGCUCCCCACCGUGCCGGGUGUGCUCGCCCCCUCCUUGCUCGCCAUCCCCGUGGCCUUCGGCAUCAACGGCGCGACCGCCCUGGCAGAGGAGCGGAGAUCUGAGGGGAGCGCUGGGACCCGCUCGGAGCUGGCUCGCUCUCCCGCAGUGUUUGUGGUUUUCUCCUUCACCUCCGUCGUCGACUUGAUCAUCUCGCUGGAGGAGGAUGGCUACAUUUCUGGCUUCAUGGAGGUCUUCGUCAGAGAGGGCGAGCCCUACCUGCGCACUGCCCACGGCAUCAUGAUCUGUUACUGGGACGGCAUCGUCCACUACGGGCUCUACCUCGCCAUGAUCGCGGCCAUCGGCCAGAGAAAGAGCUACAGGAACCUGGGUCUCUUCUGGCUGGGCUCUCUGAUGAUGAGCAUCGUCGUCUUCCUGCUUGGGAACCUGAUAGGGAAAUACAGCUCCGACCUCAGCCCUGCCUUCCUGCUCAACCUGCCCUACCUCCUCAUCCCCAUCUGGGCUGGAGGAAGGCUCUUCCAGCAGCCCAAGGCCCUGCCGUGCCUCAGCCCCGAGAAGG